UCAUAGCAUGGCAACCGCCGCCCCGGGGAGGUUUGGCGGAAAUUUUAGAUGGUCUGCAUCGGGAAUGACUGCUCUGGUGACCGGUGGUACACGUGGAAUCGGUUACGCUGUGGUGGAGGAACUCGCGGAGUUAGGGGCAGCGGUGCACACCUGCUCUCGCAAUGAGGCUGAACUUAACCAGCGGUUACAAGAAUGGUCCGACAAGGGUUUUAAUGUCACCGGAUCCAUCUGUGACUUAGCUUAUCGUCCCGAACGUGAACGGCUAAUGGAAAGAGUCUCGUCAAUUUUCAACGGAAAGCUCAACAUCCUAAUAAACAAUGUUGGGACGAACAUUCGUAAACCAACUACCGAGUAUACUGCAGAUGAUUAUUCGUUUCUCAUGGCUACCAAUUUGGAAUCUUGUUACCAUAUGUCUCAACUCGCACAUCCUCUUUUAAAGGCUUCUAGAGUAGGAAGCAUUGUGUUCAUUUCCUCCGUUGCAGGUCUUACUCAUGUUUUUGUUGGGUCGAUCUACGGUGCCACCAAAGGUGCAAUGAAUCAACUUACAAAGAAUUUAGCAUGUGAAUGGGCAAAAGACAACAUUCGGGCUAACUGUGUAGCACCCUGGUUUACUAAAACCUCUCUUAUUGAAGAAGUUCUCGAUAACAAGGAGUUUCUAGAUAAUGUGGCAUCUAGAACUCCUCUGAAACGCCUUGGAGAAGCAAAUGAAGUUUCAUCUCUGGUGGCCUUUCUUUGCCUACCUGCCGCGUCAUACAUUACUGGCCAAACGAUUGCUGUUGAUGGAGGAUUUACAGUCAACGGUUUCUAACGAGUGCAACAUGCCAUCUUGUAUAAUGCUCGAGGACUUUGUUUUAGGUAAAUCAUCAAACAAGAUGGAGGUGAUUAUUAUAUAAGGAAAAGGGAUGCAACAUUAGUUGUAGUUGGUUCAAUGUAUUACAUUUUGGUCAAUUCAUUAUUU